AUGUGGCGAUUAUCACAAGAACACGAGUAUCUUUGCAUAGGUGGAGGCAAGAAAGAAGAAGGUACCAUCAGAAUUGGAGAUGUCCAAGUGAACCGAGUGAAGGAUUUCGAGUACCUAGGUUCAACCGUACAAGAAGAUGGGGGCACCGAGCAGGGUAUUGCGAGGAGGAUCCAGUCGGGAUGGAUUAGUUGGAAGAAGAUCACCGGAGUUGAAAGGAAACUAGAGGUGGCAGAGAUGAGGGUGAUGAGAUAUGAAGUCGGAGUAACUAGGCUGGCCAAGAUCAAGAAUGAGACUACUAGAGAAAUACUGGGAAUUGAGCGAUACAGUGAAAAGAUCCGGGAGAGUCGACUCAGUUGGUUCGGGUAUGUGUAUAGGAGGGAUGAAGAGUACGUGGGGAAGAGUUAUGAGUAA